AUGAGUCACCAACCAAACAGCCUCCAAAUGAAGGGCCAGGACCUCAAAACCCAGAAGCCUCACUCCCAGGUGAUGGAGCUGAUCCUGCACCUACGGCAGAUAAUAGACGAGUACUCCAGGCAGCUGAAGAUCAGGCACCUGCAGAAGGACCUGGAGCAGGAGAAGCAACAACACGGUCAGGACAUCAAAGACCAGGAAGUCAUCUUUGUCCAAUUACUUGGUGAGGUAGUCAACUUCUUACAGGCCGGUGCCACAAGUAUCCUGGAGCCCCAACUACCUCGCCUUUCCCUGGACUCAAGGGGUGGUGAUGGGCAGCAGGCCCAAUUGCCCAGGAAGCCUGACCAGCUAAGUGACCAACUGAGUGAUUCGAAAACUGCAGUUCUCAGUUGUGACCUAUCCAACCGUGGGAUUGACAUCUCUGCCUCUUACAAGUCCAGCUUCAAGGACUUCAUAGCCUACAUAGGAGACAAAUACCAGGAGGACAAGAAUGCCUUGGGCUUCAUUAACCUUGGCCUCAGUGAGAACAAGCUCUGCAUUGAUCUGCUGACUGAAAGGUUGAGUCAAAGUGACAUGAACUACAUUGAUGAUGACCUUCUGCAAUAUCCUGAUUGGAGUGGACAUGCAUUCCUGAGGAAAGAAGUAGCCCAGUUCCUGACCCAUUACUGCAAGGCACCUGAGCAGCUUGAUCCAGAAAAUGUGGUUGUUCUAAGUGGCUGCUGUGCUAUCUUCUCUGCAUUGACCUUGGUGCUAUGUAAUCCAGGUGAUGCCUUUCUGACCGUCACCCCCUUCUAUUCUGGCUUCACGUUUACUUCCAGCCUAUAUGUGAAUGUUGAGCUGAUUCCUGUCUACCUAGACAGUGAGAUCACUGGGGCGAACACCCAGCCAUUCCAGCUGACUGUGGACAAGUUGGAGAAGGCCCUGCUUGAGGCUGGGUUUAAGGGGAAAAAAGUGAGAGGUCUUGUUCUCAUCAACCCCAAUAAUCCUCUGGGAGACAUCUAUUCUCGGGACUCACUGAAGGAAUACCUGGAAUUUGCCAAGAGGAACAACCUUCAUGUGAUUAUUGAUGAGAUAUACAUGGGGACUGUGUUUGAUGAAUCCAUCCCAUUCCACAGUGUUCUGAGCAUGGAAAGUUUGCCUGACCCCAACAGGACCCAUGUGAUCUGGGGCACCAGUAAGGGUUUUGGGAUUUCUGGCUUUCGUUUUGGCACUCUGUACACUCACAACAAGGAGGUGGCCUCUGCUGUGGGUGCUUUUGGCUUCCUCCACGGCAUCUCUGGCAUCACCCAGCACAAGCUGUGUCGGCUGCUCCAGGACAGAGAAUGGAUUGACAACGUAUACCUGCCCACUAAUCGCUCUCGGAUGCAGGAGGCUCACAAGUACAUCACUAACAUGUUGAAAACAUUGAAGAUCCCUUUUCUCAAUCGUGACUCUGGCCUCUAUAUCUGGAUCAACUUGAAAGAGUACCUGGAUCCAUGCACGUUUGAGGAAGAGCAGCAGCUUUAUCGCCGCUUCCUGGACCACAAGCUCCUAUUGGCCCCUGGCAAGGCUUACAAGUGUAAGGAGCCUGGCUGGUUCCGAAUCACCUUUGCAGAUAAGCCCCAGCGCCUGGAAGUCGCCAUGAACCGGUUCUCACAGGCUCUCUCGGAGCAGAAGCAGUAUUUGGCAGAGAAGCAUGAAGCACAUACUGGGGGAAUAA